AUGCAAUCCACCAUAUAUGUUGCUUCCAAUUCCCUUCCUCAUCCUCACUUACCAUGGAAACCUCAGAAACCCCGCAUUCUCACACCCCAAACACUUAAACCCUCUCUUAAACCAUUAACUCUCUCGAACUCGUUAAAACCAUUAUUCGGCUUCGAAUUCGAAGAAGAAAAACUCGACAAACAAGACCAACCAACUUUUCCUCUUCGUCUUCCUGUCGUAGUUCGCAAUUCUGGUAGUGUUUCUCGCUACUUAUGGGACGGAGAUGACUUGAAAUUGGUUUCUGUUGACGGAAGUGCAAGGAUUUCGUUGUCGCCGUUUUCUUUAGAUUUCGAAGAUGGGUUUCGGAAGUUGGCUAGCGGGUGUGUUUCGGGUAUAAGGAAUUUUUUUCUUCCGAGGGAAGUGAGUGAGAAUUAUUUAGAGUAUNGUGAGAAUUAUUUGGAGUAUGUGAAGUGGAAAUUUUUGCAUAGAGUCUUCAGUUCUGCACUGCAAGUUCUCGCAACCCAG